AAAAAAAACGAGCCUUAAAACGAGCCUUAAACGAGCUCUAAAACGAGAAAAAAAAAAGAUCUAAAACGAGCCUUAAAAUGAGUUUUAAAAUGAGCUAAAAAAAUGAGUUCUAAAACGAGCUCUAAACAAGCCCGAAAAUGAGUCCGAGCUCACUUAACGAGUUAGGCUCGUUAACUUUGAUAAUUGAGCUAAUAACGAGCCGAGCUCGAACUGCUCGCGAGCUUGAUAAUUCUAAAAUGAGCCGAGCUUGAGCCUUGUGAUAAAAGCUCGAUUCGAGCCGGGCUCGAGCCCGAAUAUAACUUAAACGAGCCGAGCUCGAGCCUAAUACUGUUCAGCUCGGUUCGGCUCGUUUACAUCCCUACCCGCCGUUGCCUCAUAGCGAGGUCGAAAGGCCAUAUGCGACCUUAGUCACAUGCCCUCAACCUCAACCGCGUGCCCUCGACCGGACCGCGAUACUGAUAUUUCAAGUUGCAUUCCACUGAGUUAGAGUUUGAAGAAUUUCAUCAAGACAACUAUAGUCUUUUUGCUCAAAAUGCAGAAAUUUGAUGGAGAUUACUAUCCUGAGACUUUACCUGAGAUGUUCAUUGUCAAUGCUGGCACUACUUUAGGCUCCUUUGGAACACCGUUUUCUUGACCCAAAAACAACUUCAAGCAUACAUCCAACUUCUUGAUUUCUUGGGUGGCUUGUGCACUUGCUCUAGUGAAGGUGGAUGUUUGAAGUUAACAAUGGGCCAUGGAAUAAUCCCAACCUUAUGGAGAGAAGAAGUAGCGGUACAUGGACAAUUGAUUCUGGAUAAGAUAUUGAUGAUCAAGUUCCUAAAAGUAUUGAGCAUAGACGUCUAGCUCUGUUCGUGAAGAAUGAGACACUGACGACGACGAUGGAAGAUGAAGGUGUCGACCCUACGCCCGCCCUGCCGGAGGCGCUCGCCUUACCCGAUGCGUCUGCGCUACCCGAUGCACCGUUCCAUCCUCCCGUUUCCUUUGGUGAACUAAGAGAUAAGUUCGAUCGUUUUUUAAAAGUUUUUUCUGCAUAUGUUACGGAUCUGGAAGCUGAGAAGGAGGAAGAAAUCGCUACGCUGCAAGACUUCAUGAAAAGAUUUGAAGAAAUUGUGGAAGGAAAACUGGCCUCCAAAUCCAAAUUCAAGAUGAUGACCAGAGAACUUGUCGAAUUCAAGCUUUCAAUUGCAGAAACGGAGAAAGUCUUCAACUACUUAAAGAAAGACUUCGAUGACCUAAAGAAAGGCUACGAAAAUGCAAAGAAAGCCUCUGAAGACUCGAUCAAAAUGUUGGAGUCCUCCCUGGAUGUCGCCACGAAAGAAAUAGCUUACCUCAAUGCUGAAAGAGAGAAGGGCCAGGCAAAAUGAGAGCCCGCUGCUGGAUAGUUCGAUCUCUGCUAUGACAAGUUAUCUCUGUAAAUAAAGAUACUCAUUUCUUUUGAUGUGACAUCUUAUUUGUCUCUUAAGAGAGACUGGUUUUCUUUUAAUUGCUUUUUUUGUAUGACAUUGAUUAACUAGCACUAUGAAUUUCUCAAUUAAAACUCUAGGCCUCUAGCCCACACCGUCCAGGUAUCGUUUCUGGUGAACUCAUGGUCUGAUUCAUAUGGAUCGCAGUUCUUCAUAACUACUCUCAAGGCUUCUAACAUCUUCUUUGAUGUGCAUAAGUUCAAUUUUGUAUUUUUAUUAGUCUUUCUUCAUCCCAAGUUUAACAUGUCAACUUAUGGUAUAUUUUUCUUUUUCCUGGCUAGUGCAGAAAAUUUCAGAGCUCUAUGCACAGGUAUCUUGGACUUUCAUCACUAGUUAUUCUACAUCAACAUUUGUAUAUUGUUGUAUUAAAUGAGGGUUCUAAAUGUUGUGUACCAUCUAAAUCUUGGUAGCAGGCCAAAAGAAAAUCUUGGUAGCAGGCGACUUGCUUAAUGAGUGAAACCGUGGUCCUAGAACAAAUAGCAUCAAAACUACUAAUUCUGGUGAUAAUUUUCAGCAAACUCUUAGCAUCAAACAGAAUGAUAAUAGCAGUGGUUCAAUUGACAAGGAUGAAUACAACUCUCCUGAUUUCAUAACGAAGUAUGAAUAAGCUUUGUUUUUUGUAAUAAAUUCAUACAGCGAAGAUGAUGUUCAUAAAAGUAUAAAAUAUAAUGUCUGGUCAAGCACUCCAAAUGGGAACAAAAGGCUUGACAAUGCCUUCCUAGCUGCUCAAGGAAAGAUGGCAGAAAAGGGUGGCAAGUGUCCCGUGUUUCUCUUCUUUUCUGUUAAUGCAAGCGGUCAAUUUUGUGGCGUUGCAGAAAUGUCAGGCCGAGUUGAUUUCAGUAAAAAUAUGCCCUUUUGGCAACAUGACAAAUGGAAUGGCUUUUUCCCAGUGAAGUGGCAUAUAAUUAAAGAUGUUUCAAACCCACGACUCCGUCACAUAAUAUUGGAGAAUAAUGAGAACAAGCCUGUAACAAACAGCAGGGAUACACAAGAGGUUAAGUUUCCACAAGGCACUGAGAUGUUAAACAUUUUCAAGAGCUAUUCUGCUAAAACGUCCAUAUUGGACGACUUUGGCUUUUACGAGAAUCGCCAGAAAGCACUGCAAGAGAAGAGGGCUAAGCCUACUACUCCAACUCUGGAUAACUCUCUGUCCAAAAUAGUUGAAUCAUCUCAAUUCCAGAAGCUAGAUGAUUCCAAAUCACAUAAACUUGUGUUAGUCGAGGUGAAGGAAGCACUACCAUCUAAAUGUUGUGUACCAUCUAAAUCUUGGUAGCAGGCGAAAAGAAAAUAUUUUUAGCCUGUAUGGUUUGAUGUUGUGUUUAAUGAGAGUUCUAAAUGAUGUGUACCA